GUCUUAUUCGCUGAUGUUGUUAGUAAAGCAUUUGCGUUAGUGCUAAUCUCCACUUGCUCUGUCAAAGAUUAUUGCUUGUAAUGACAUGCACAAAAGAAUGAUUUCACUCACACCAAAGUUCUGGAGUUUUAGAAGAAAUAAUUAAGUUUCUCUUAUAUGUAGUUGACGAUUUUACCUUUUGGCCACAAGACAUGGUGAUGACGAUAGAUCUUUGGGAGACAAACUAUUUAUAUUGUCUUGAACCGAAGUUUGGAGUCAACAACUUAACGAUUAUUAUUCACAAUGAGCAUGAUGAACAAAAUUAUGAAACCUUACAAUGCGUUUAAAAAGAUGCCUAUGGAAUUGAAACCUCUGGCUAUCUUAAUUGGAACGGCAGGUUGUACAGCUAUAUUCACGAUGGGUUAUAAGCUGACUGCUGAUCCAGAGAUACGCCGGCGACCUUCUUGGACAAUUCAAGAACAACAGCAACGGGAUACAGUAUCUGGAAAUCGCCAACUUGCGGCAUGAGAGGAAGCAAGUAAUCCGAUGUUUUCCAAAUCCGGUACGAAUUUUGUAUUUUCUACCUUUGAUAUGAUUUAUGUAAUGACGAAUACCAUAUAAUACUUGAUGAUUUUCAUUUAGUACUUCGUAGCAAU